CACAAUAUUCUGUGUCAGUUAUCUUUCAAAAGUCUUCUUAAUCGCCUUCAUCAGGCAAUCAAGCAGGUAACACCUCUUCAUCCCUCUCCUAACAUCCUUGCAGAAUCAAAGAAGAGGCGCAGAGAUGGGGAAGCUGAACCAUGAUCCAUACAUCAACCACUUUAGCCAUCCUCAUCCCUUGGAGCUGUCCAACGCUCAAUCUCUUUACAUGAACUCAUGCUCUGCCUGUAAUCUCCAACCAUCUGGAUGGAUGUAUUCUUGUAAGCCAUGUAACUUCACUCUCCACAUCUCAUGCACCCAGAUGCCAACUUUAAUAACCCACCCUUCCCACCCCAUCCACCCUUUAACCCUCUUCUCUACUCCGGUUUACCCUGGUGGCUCGUUCAAAUGUGAUGGCUGUGGCCUCCAAGGAAAUGGAUUUAACUACCAUUGCACCACCUGUGAUUUUGAUGUGCACAUGAUGUGUGCUACAAAUCCACUAUCACUCGCUCACCGAUCCCAUCCUCACCAGCUCAACCUUGCCUUUUACCCCCCUUACCAAACCAAAGGUUUCUCUUGCGACAUUUGUCACCAGAUAGGGUCUAACCAUUGGCUUUAUCGAUGUAGUGCUUGUGAGUUUGAUGCGCAUAUGAAGUGUGCAAUGAGUGUUAAUAAUACAACUUUGCCUCAUAUUCAGCACAGCAACUCUUUGCCAGUAGCCAACAGUGUCAAUAUUCAAUACCAGCAGCAGCCUGGACUUGGAGGAGCUAAUUAUGUUUACAGGCACAGCCAAAGCAUGGGGACUAUGCCUAUGCAGCAGCAGCAGCAGCUGCAGCAGCAGCAGCUGCAGCAGGUUAGCUAUCAACAGCCAAGUGGGGGGCCUAAUGGGGCAGCAAACGGCACCAUAAUGGAUACAAUGGUUCAAGGGUUUGUAGAUGCGGCCGCACAACAGAUUGGUCAAACGUUUGCGCAAAGCAUCAUGAAUCCUGAUGGCAGCAACAAUAGUGAUCCUAAUGAUGGUGGUGGUGGUGGUGGUGGUGAUAAUUCUUCCAAUCCUUCUAUAAUCAGUGUCGGAUCUUCCAUUUUGAGUGGUGUGUUUGGCGGUGACCCUGAUAAUUCAUAGAAUCAAGAGAUUUGAUGGAUUUUGAAGAUCAUGAAAUCAAAGGAAAAAAAAUAUCAUAUAUGGAUCCAAGUUAUUGGUGUCAUAGGAUUUGGUGACUUGCUGCUUGUCAUUUGAUCCAGUGUUGUUAACUUGUUACUCUCCUCUUAAAAGUAAGGGGAAAGAUUUCAGUCGUGUUCUUAUUACCAGUGAAGAAAUAAAUAAUAAAAAAUAUACAGCCCUGGUUAUGUAUUAAUAUAUAAA